AAUCCAUGUACCAAUGGUGGAAGAUGUGUUGAUUCUGAUGGAACCUAUACAUGUGAAUGUGAACCUGGAUUCACUGGUCCACAAUGUGACGUUGAUAUUGAUGAAUGUGAAAGCUCUCCCUGUGUAAAUUCGGGCACAUGUAUUAGUGGUAAAAAUGGCUACACAUGUAAUUGUAGUCCAGGUUAUACGGGUAAUAGAUGUGAAUUUGAUAUAAAUGAAUGUGCAAGUCUACCGUGUGUACAUGCGACUGGCUGUAAAGAUCUAGUAAAUGACUAUAUUUGUUACUGUUCACCAGGAUAUGCUGGUAAAAAUUGCGAACUUGAAGCAUUUGCCUGUGCCAGUACACCAUGUAAAAAUAACGCUUAUUGUCAAGAUAUUGGUGAUAGCUAUAAAUGUCAUUGUCCAGAUGGUACAAGUGGUAAAAACUGUGAAAAUGAUUUUGAUGAUUGCCAAGCGAACCCUUGUCAGAACGCUGGAACAUGCGUAGAUGAAGUUGGUGGUUAUACUUGUAUCUGUAUACGGGGAUAUACCGGGGAUCAAUGUGAGUCACCGCUCAAUCAAUGUGGUAAUAAUCCAUGUAGCAAUAAAGGAGUAUGUAUCGAUCUCUUGAAUAGGUUCCGCUGUAGUUGUCCAAAUGGAUUCGCUGGUAGAAUCUGCGAAAUUAAUAUAGACGAGUGUAAAUCGAAUCCGUGUCAAAAUGGUGGAUUGUGUGUAGAUUUAAUCGAUGAUUUCCUGUGCAGUUGCCCUGAAGGGUUUUCCGGGAUUACAUGUAAUGAG